ACGAUCCCGUUGGUGGUGGUGGUGGUGGUGGUGGUGGUGGGAAAUUUUGUACGCGCGCGUUUCCUUCGUGCUGGUUGCAGAGAAGCGACACGAACCGAAAAAAGAAAAAAUAACCAAGGUGCUUGGGUGGUGUUGUGAGCCAGGUCACCUCAGGCAAGUAAGUGUACAUGUGUGUGGGUGAUUUUUGGUUGAUCGAUGAUGAACGGAACUCUCUCGCUUAUACUCACGAGUAACACGCACAGCAUUAGCGAAAGUAUUGUGUCGCUUUAAUGCCGAUUACACCACACCCGAACAACACAAAUGCCGGCGCUUACUGUUUGCGCCAGCAUUUAUGCAAUCGCACUCCACUAAACUAGAGUACUGGGUGGCGCUCUCUAGCGGAAAGCGCUUGAAGUGCAAUGUGGAAAGAAGUGUGAUAAAAAACUGUACAUGAAUCGAAACGGAUAAGCAAUACUACUGUUGAGUUGUGUAUAAAUCGAAACUAUCCUUUGGUAAAUCCACACGCCUUCUGGUAUGUAACAUCAAUUAACUAGCAUAACUAGCAAUCACUAGCAAAACCAAAACAAAAAGCAAAGCGAACCAAAGCGUUGAUUCGCUGCUUUAAAUCGACCAUCGAUUUCAAAAUCUGUAUUCCAUCCAACAACCAAAACACAACGCAGCUGAAGCCCAACCCGCCAUGCCGCGCUGUUACAUCGUGAAAAAGCAACAACCCCCGGCGAUGCCGGCGUACCGGAACCGAACCACGGUGGUAACCGCCACCGGUGGCUCCGGCAACCAUCAUCAGCAGCAACAGCAACAUCAAACGACCACCAGACAGGUGGUGGUGGUCAAUGGUAAAUCGCUCAAGGAGCCAAGUGAACAGGGCAACCGUACCGCCACAGUCCGGUCAGCCGGCGCGGCCAGAAGCGGGGGCAGCGGUGCCGGCUUGAGUGGUAGCAGUGCCUUGGGAAAUGUUAUUGUGAAAAACGGCAAAGAGCCAACGGGCGGCAACGGUUUGGUGCUGCUGAACAGUGUCAGUGUCAUUAGUGGUGGUCCGGCCGGCAGUGGUGUUGGAGUGUUGGAGGGCAAGCUGGAUGGGGCUAGCGGCCGCAAGGCCGACAGUGUGGGCAGUGUUAGUUUUACGCUGGCGAACGGCCAGAGCACGGCGGGCAGCAACGGGGCCGGCAUUGUGCAGCGCAAGGAUGAUACGAGCGGCCCGGUCAGCCCGACCGAGGGCUGCGUCGCGCCGAUCUAUUACACCAACAUUUCGGAGAACAAGAGCGGAUUCACCAUACCUCUGAGCGACUUCCGGACGUUCAAAUGUGGGCCAAACAACAGCAACAGCAACACCAAUCUAAUCAACGUGAAGACCAACUCCUCCCGGCAUCUGUCGGUAAGUGCUUCCCCUAGCCAGCCGCAACCGGACACGGGCGCCACUGCACCGGGCCCGAUCGUGACGAUACGGGCGGCCGCAUCUAACGGCGGCCAGCAGCAACCACCAGUGCUGCUCGCCUCGAUAGGCGCUAAAUCUGGCCGUAAUAAUCCUAAUUAUGGCAUCGGCAGCAGUAACGCCAAUGGGCCGAACAGCAUCACACCGUCACCGUUGCCAGCGACGACCACGGCAACGCUAAUUUAUGCCGAAACGACCCCCGUUGCGCCGAUUGUGGCGGCGGCCGCUGCAGCUCAAGUGUCCGAUAAGAGGCAAGAUAAAUCAUCGCUCGUGUCCUCGUACCACAAGUCCGUAACAGGUCGGCAACAGCCAGCCACGCUGCUGGUGCAAACUGCCGCCACGCAACACGCUCAGCAACAGCAUCGCACGGAGCAACAGUCAAGUGCUGCCGCCAUGUACCAGCCCCAUUCGCAAACACCGGCGACGGUCGCAUCCUCCACCACGCCUGCGCCCGCCUGCUACGACACAACGGCGGCCAUAUUUCGCGAUCGCAGCAUAGAAGAAACGGAAGCCGCACAUGAUUUAUUGUCACUGUCCCAAAGCCUACCGCCCCUGACGGCACCGUGCGUCGUUACGAUCCUGCAUCCGGGGGGCACUGGUGCGUCGAGCGAACCGCUGCCCCUGGUGGGAUCUACCAGCCCGCAGCAUCCCCCGACCAAUGGAGCACAAAAUCAUCAUCCGCCACAGCAGUCGAACGCGCCCUGCCAGGGCGGCAUCAUCAGUAUUGUGGAGGCGGCCACGGCAGCUAAUUACCAGUGUCCGCCCGGAUCGGGACCAAUCUCGAUGAUAAUACCCUGCUACGAGCUGACGACAACGAUGUCUGCCUCGGCGCACAGUGACGGUGAAAGUGCAACGACGAUAAAAACCAUCUCACCGUCCACCGCCGGCCCGCUAACGCCGCCCACGUCCGAGCACUCGUCCGACACGGAAUGUUCGGCCAGCUCCGUCUCACCCGGCACCUCCUGUUCGUCCUCCUCGAGCGUGUUCUCCUUCGUACACUCAAGUUCCUCGUCAAUCGCUUCCAAAUAUUCGCCCUCACGCUCCUCCAACGGUACACCACCGGUCCCGGAGGCUCCCCCGACUGGCCGACGGACAAGUCGCCGGCCGCACCAGCAACCAUCGGCCAGCAGCUCCGUCACGUCGGUGAUUGUCAACGGUUCCGCGCUUGCCGCUGGGACGGCGCCAGUAACUCGCAAGCAUAAAUCUUCCACACCUUCCACUUCCGGUAGCACGGCGGCCAAAGUGCCCGCCGUAAGCGCCAGCGCAAAGGUGGUUGCUCCCGCGCCCGGCCAAAAGCUCUCGGGCAGCAAGACGGCCGAGCUGUACACGUACGAUGAUCUGAUAUCGAGCGACGGUCGGUCGAAAAAUCGCAAGAAAGCUUCCAAGGAAACCGCUCCGGUGCAGGCCGUGGCCGCUUCAAACUCCUCCAAAGCGGGCCCACCGGCUUCUGCCGCUUCGAAAGCGGACGGUCCGGACCAAUCAACGGCGGGGGAUUGCGAUUCGUCCGGCGAGUCGGCGACCGCCUCAAACGGAACGUCGAACGGUAAGGGCAAGUACAAGUGUCCCGAGUGUGGCAAGCAGUACGCCACCUCGAGCAAUCUGUCGCGCCACAAGCAAACGCACCGCAGCCUGGACUCGCAGUCGGCCAAGAAGUGUGUUACCUGCGGCAAGGCGUACGUCUCCAUGCCUGCGCUGGCAAUGCAUCUGCUUACGCACAAGCUGUCGCACAGCUGCGGCGUCUGUGGGAAGCUUUUCUCGCGGCCCUGGCUGCUCCAGGGCCAUCUGCGGUCGCACACGGGCGAAAAGCCGUACGGCUGUGGUCAUUGCGGCAAGGCGUUUGCCGAUCGGUCGAACCUGCGCGCCCACAUGCAGACACACUCCACGGACAAGAACUUUGAGUGUGGCCGGUGUCACAAAACGUUCGCGCUUAAGUCGUACCUCAACAAGCAUCUGGAGUCGGCCUGCUACAAGGAUGAUGAUCCGAACGGCCCUGGGCCCGGGGAGGGUGACAACUCGCCUGUCAGUGUGAUCGGUGGGCGGAAGAUCUACCACAGCAGCCAGGACAUCGAUCGGGAUGAGUACGCGAUGCGUAUGGCUAGCGGUAGGCAGAACUAUCACAACGAUGACAGUUGCUCGACGACCACGAUCGAUGUCGUGACGGCCGAUCCGGGGGAUGAGGACGACGAUGAAGAAGAUAUCGAUAUCAUUACGACGUAAUGGACGUCACCGGCAAUGCUCUGUACUCUUUGAACUGUUUCUCUUGCGACUGAUUUCUCCUCUUUCGCGAAAAUGUCUGCUCUUUACUCUGAUCCAAUCAUCUAUGAAGUCUCCCAUAACAUGUUUUGCAUUCCCUUCAUAGCCCUUCACUGCCUUCCUGUCUCGUAGGCUCAAGUUGACUCACAGCAAUCAAGGCAUCAGCAGCCAAACCACCAAACCCUCUAAAUUACUGUCAUCCGUACCGCCUCGGAUCGGAAAGCUGUACCGGAAAUGUCACAAACCCGGUUUCCUUCUUCAACCACCUUCCUUUCAAUAUCUUUUAAGGCCUCUUCUUCGAACUAAAAAAAAAGAACCCUCACUCUUCCUGACCUGCAGCAGCAGCUCCGCGACAGGAAAUUGACAGGCAAAUCUAAAAUUGCCGCUCGGCAGCAAAACUUCUCCGUCGGCACUCAACGGGACAGGUGUGAAAAAUUAAACGACCGUUCGGGGGCCGGAAAACGGAAAUUAGUUGGAUUUUCAAAUCCGGCUCGCUUAGCAGCGGAUCAAUUGCUAGAGCAGCCGGAGCCGGAAUUUACUGUACAGCGGCUGCACAACAAACUGUUAGCUUGAUGUAACCUUUGCUGAUGUACGAACCCUAGGACAUGGUGAUAUUUAAGUGUCCUCGGGGGAGAGAGAUUGAUAAGGGACAAUAUUGGGCAGCUAUCUCGAACAUGGAUACAACAUUCCAUCAACCAGUUUUAUGAAGGACCUACGCUGGCUUUACCACGAAUUUCUCUCCAAACUAAUCAACCCGACGAAACCCAACGACUUGAAAAUUUAAAUAACUUCGCUCCAAAUUACAACAAAUUGAAGAAUUUGCACGGAGCGCACGAGCAUCUUAAGAUUGCUCGUUUGGAAAACGAAGGAAAGAGACAUCAUUCAUUUUAGUCCACCUUAUGCAAAGAAACACACUCUCUUUCUCUCGUACCACGCUGCCACCCAAAAGCGCACGCCAAUGACAUUCCAUUUGCGCGUAGCAAGCGCGAGCUU